AUAGAGGUCCUUCAUGGAACCACUACCCUGGCCUUUGUGUUCCAAGGAGGUGUUAUAGCAGCGGCAGACACACGUGCCAGCUGCUCAGGGCAUGUCGCCUGUCCCUCUGCCCAGAAGAUCCUGCCUAUCCACUCCCAUUUACUGGUCACCACUUCAGGCAGUGGUGCAGACUGCAUGCUAUGGGAGAGAAUCCUGGCCAGAGAGAUCCGCCUUUACCAACUACGCCACGGCCGCCGCUUGUCAAUCACUGGCUCUGCCAAGCUCCUCUCUCAUAUGCUGCACCCCUUUAAGGGGACUGAUGUGUGUGUGGCAGCCACUCUUUGUGGCUGGGAUCGUUGUGGCCCAAAGCUGUUCUAUGUGUGCAGUGAUGGCACCCGGCUGCAGGGAGAGCUCUUCUCGGUUGGCUCAGGUUCGCCUUAUGCUUACGGAGUGCUGGAUGGAGAGGUGCGGUGGAGCCUGAAUGAGCAGGAGGCUAUCUCAUUGGCCAGAGAAGCUGUGUACAGGGCCACACACAGGGAUGCAUAUUCAGGGAACUGUGUGGACCUUUUCCACAUCACUGCCCAAGGAUAUUGCCGAAGAGACAGGGAGGAUCUGAGAGAGGAGUACCACAGAGAGAGAGAGAGAGAGGGGGGGCUGAAGAGGGGAAAAGAAAAGAGUGAGGAAGAUAAGAAAUAG